AACCGCCUACACGGCUUUCUAGGCUCUAGCCUCUAGCCUCUAGGGUUUCUGAAUCGUAGCAUCACACUCAUUGAGUGGGAAACACACAACGAUUUCCCUGAAAAACCGUCACAGAACCUUACACAGGGUUACAUGAACAAUCCUUUACUAAGCUGAAAUCGUAGCUCAAUCAGUCCAUCUUUCGAUUCUUCAGAUACAUGUCGGAGGAGAAUGUAUUCCUUACGCCUCAUGUGCCCCGACGAAAAAUCACGGAGCAGGAAAGGGCUCGCACAUCGGAGAAUUUCAGAGCUGCCAAGGCUCUUCUUGCUCGCAAACGGCCUCGCGAGAUUGUGAAUUUUUCUGAUCAUUCUCAUCACAAAAGCAGGGAUGCAAUUGGAAAUGAAAUUCCAUCUCAGACUACUAACAUCAAUAGAGUUCCUCUCCAGGAGUUACCGACAAACACUCCACCUCAUUUUAGUGUUAACAUGCCAAGUUUACAUGAUUGUCAACUUGGCAGCCUUUCAAGUUCUGUGGGUGUAUCAGCCUGCAAACAUGACUCAAGUAGUGAGAUUUUGAAUUUUAGGACAAUGAGUAUCCCUAAUGAGAAUAAGUAUUUAUUGGAUUAUUCUAUUAUUCCAAUGAAACAACCUGAAUGCUCUAGUUCAGGUAACUCCUUGGUGCCAAGCCUUCUAGUUCUAGAUGAUGAUUUUGAUGAAUCUAUUUUAAAAGAAAUAGAUGCUGUAUGUGAGCAAAAGUCUGCGGGAAAAGCAAGUAGACAGGAUCCAAAUAAUGGUUGUCACGUGGAAAUCCAGCUUAAUGAUAAUGGUGGAAGUGAGUCUGGAGCUAGUUUGAAUUCUGUAAGUGCUACCGAGAACUUAAGAAUGCUUGGCAUAUUUUGCUCCAAGGAUGAUCCAGAUUUUACAGCUAGGGAAAACGGCAUUCCUUCUGCUACACAAAGUGAGAGUAUGCCAUAUGAGUAUUUAGGAUACUUGCAAUCUUUAAACGAGAAGCAGCGUGAUGCAGCUUGCAGUGACAUUUCAACUCCUUUAAUAAUUGUUGCUGGCCCGGGAAGUGGCAAGACCUCCACAAUGGUUGGGCGAGUUCUGAUGCUGCUUAGCGAGGGUGUUAGUCCAACAAAUAUUCUGGCCAUGACUUUCACUACAGCUGCAGCUUCUGAGAUGAGAGAUCGCAUUGGAGUAGUCACUGGGAAGGCUACAGCUAAAGAACUUACGAUCAGCACAUUCCAUUCAUUUUCCUUGCAACUUUGUCGUUCACAUGCAGAGAAGUUAGAACGCACACCAGAAUUCUUAAUAUAUGGACAUGGGCAACAAAGACGUGCAAUUAUUGAGGCUAUCAGAUUACUAGGGAAUGAAAAGAGUAUUAAGCAAUGCCAUGAUGCCUGCAAUCUCGGAGAUUUUAAUGGCAUAGCAGCUCCUCAAAAUUUAAAGAUUAAGUCAAAGAAAUGGCAAAAUUUUGUGGCCAAGUCUAAAGCAUCCGGAAAGACUCCUUCAAAAUGUCGUGAAAUGGGCGAUGAGAUGGGAGCAGCAAUUCUCGAGAACUACAACAACAUAUUAAGAACUUGUAAUGCUUUGGACUACCAUGACCUAAUUAGCUGUUCUGUAAAGCUGCUCACUGAUUUUCCAGAUGUUUUUAAAGAGUGCCAGGAUUCAUGGAGAGCCAUUGUUAUCGAUGAAUUUCAGGAUACAAGUGCUAUGCAGUUCACUCUUCUGAGAAUUCUUGCAUCUCAUAACUGCAUAACUGUUGUUGGGGAUGAUGAUCAGUCCAUUUUCAGCUUCAAUGGAGCUGAUAUUUCUGGAUUUGAUUCGUUUCGUACCAAUUUUCCAAAUUACAAAGAGAUCAGACUUGAUAAAAACUAUCGCUCGACAUGCUAUAUUGUUGAGGCUGCAUCUUCUCUCAUACAAAAUAACAUGAAGCGCUUUCAGUUUAAGAAUGUUCUAACUGAUAUUUCUUCUGGAUCUAAGAUAACUAUCAAGGAAUGUUACAGUGAAAAUGCACAGUGUGCAUUUGUUGUGGACAAGAUUUUGGAAAUUGCAUCUAAUGGUUCAUCUGCUCAGUUAUCUUGUGGAAAUAUUGCAGUACUCUACCGGAGGCAGGUAUCGGGGAAAGCGCUUCAAUUAGCAUUUCGUGAGAGGAAAAUACCAUUUAACAUUCAUGGUGUGGCAUUCUAUAGGAAAAAGGUUGUCAAAGCCAUUAUUGCAAUGCUUAAAACAACAUUACCUGGUUGUGAUGAUGGCCCAUAUCGUCAGGUUUUCAAGGCUUGGCUUCCCCUUGAGAAAGAGGAAAAGAAGAGGGUUGUUGAACAUAUUGACAAAAUUGUGACUAUUAGAAAAUGCAGCUUUAUAUCUGCUGCCAGUGACAUCUUUAGCGCAAAGAUUUCCGGUACCUUCAAGAGGAGUCAACUUACCCAAGGGAGGAAGGUGUUGUCAACACUGGAGAUGAUAUCAAAGCUUGUUCACCGGGAGCAGUCAAUUUCAUCCGUUAUAACUUCAGUGGCAUCUAUGGUGCCUCAGAAAUACCUUCUUGAGCAACGGGCAGUUGUUGAUGUGGAUGACGGCAAAUUGCUUAAUGAAGACAAUGACAUCAGAUCUGUUCUUCAGUACCUAAUGGAUGAUGUGUCCGACUUUUUAUCAGCACAAGUUGCUAGAGAAGAGGAUGCCAAUGUGAUAGAAGUGAAAGGGUGUCAGAAUUUGCUUAGAGCUUUUAUUGACCAUUUAACUGAGCGGGAGAAAGAAAACUUCUGUUCCCGUAGGCAUGAUAAUAAAAACUCUGUCACAUUGACAACCAUUCAUCAGUCAAAAGGCUUGGAAUGGGAUACUGUGUUCAUAAUAAAGGUAAAUGAAUCCGAGAUUCCAUUGUUGCAUGAGUUCAAUGGCAUUGCAAAGCAAAAUGGGACCUUGAUUGAGGAGGAGCGCCGUCUGCUAUAUGUUGCAAUGACUCGUGCUCGGAAAAAACUUUUCAUUCUGUAUGUUAUGAUGGAUUCAAACUGGCAGAUGCUACAACCAUCUCGAUUUCUCAAAGAAAUUCCUGACCAUCUUCGAGAAGUUCAGGCUGAACUAUGCAUACAGGACCUACAACCAAAACAUCAAGACAUUCCAAAACAAACUACAGAGCGUAACAUUGAUCUUCCAAAAGAAAUCAACCCUUCUGAAGCAGCUGUGAUGUCAAGUGGUUUAGUUGAUGUUAAAAUCCACGAGGAUUCAAGAGAGUCUACAGAACCGGUAGAUGGAUGCAACAGAAAUAGCUUCUUGAGGAGAUUUGCUGUGGAGGACAGAGCUAUAAUUUCUCAUCUAUUUCAUCAAUGGGCCAAGAAGAAAGCAUUUCAAAAUCCUAAGAGAUUGCUUGACAAGGUUAGUUUUGUAAUAGAUGAACGCCUGAGAGUCAAGAAAAACAAACACAAGGAUGUUUUACGCUCUCUGAGAUCUUCCUUGAGUUGUGAGGAAGCAUUUCAAUAUGCAGAAUAUGUUUUAAGAUGGGAGCAAAUUCCUGUUGAUGAACGAGCUCAUUUGAUGCGGGAAAAACAGGAACAUUUUCAGAAAUUAAGGAUUGAGAAUUCAAUGGGUUCAUCUGAACCAACUUCUAAACAGAUAGCAUAUCUACAAAAUUUGGGAUGCACCGUCGUGCCUACAUCGCGUCUUCAUGCUUCUCAUUUGAUAGAGCAGUACAAAUCAUUGUAAGUCAGUAUGGUAAACUGCAUAUAUUGAAUUCUUACUGUUUCAGAUGCCACCAUUAAAACACUUUUAUUAAUUUUUUUUAUGAGUUAUCAUCGCUGUCUCAAUGACUUUUUCCUUACUGGGCUGCAAUUGAACCUUGAUCCUGUGUUUAAAUCAAUUUUUAAGCUUUCACUAGCUGACGCUAAUCAAAAUAAGCCUGGUUGCCUCAGAUACUCUGCAAUGACAAAUGCUACAUAGGCCCUUUGUUUUGAUUUUCAAUUUUGGGGUUCAGUUCUGAUGCUGCUAAGAUAUACCUUAAUAAAGGACGGAAAUCUUCCGUAGCCAUACCAUAUAAGAGGCAAUGUGAGCUUACACUGCCACAAAUACAAUUGUCAGCACUGAUGUUCACAAACAUUUUGAGCUAUUUAGGGGGGGUGGGGGGGUUUACAGAGAAUUUACAGCACUUGAACCAUACACUGAGACUGGAAAAGAGGGAGAGCAGCAACUCUAAUCAAAUGGAUCAAUGCGUGGGUCAU